AUGAUGGCAUCUCUUAGACACAGCAUUACCAACGCUCUUCGGAGCUCCCGCCAGGCCUGCUCCAAGUCGGCGCAAUGGCAGCAGUCGCUUGACCAGCAAUUCGGCGCUUUGCGCAUCAGCGGCUCGAGGUCGCUGUCCACCUUCACCAACGAAUCCAACCCGAAUGUAGAUGGCCAAUUCGUCGCCGCCCCAGCGCUCAGCAGCGACUACUUCAGACUCCAUCCCCAUGCCCGUGCCGUCCCCAUUUCGCCCUCGUACUUCACCCGAACGCCCCGGUUCUACGACAAUUACCUCUCCCUAGAAAGGCUCAUGGAGGAGUACGAAGACCUUCCUGUCAUUCCCGCGGCCGCCGUCGAGCGCGUGGCCUGGAAGACGCUCGACGACAUCAGGCAGGAGCUCGGCGAGCAGGUCAAGGCGUCCGAGUUCGCAAGGUGUCUAACCCUCAUCAAGCGGCUCAACUCGAUCCACCCCGACCUCAAGCCACAAGAGAUCAAGGACGUGCUUGACAGCUUCAAGCGCAACGUGCAACCCUACACAAACGUCGCCAAGCCGAUCCCGAUCGACCAGUUUGGCCGCGCCUGCGGCGUCGGCAGGAGAAAGGCCUCGAGUGCUCGGGCGUACGUGGUGGAGGGUACCGGCGAGGUUCUGGUCAACGGCAAGACCCUGGCCGACUACUUUGGGCGGGUUCACGAUCGCGAGAGCGCCGUCUGGGCUCUGCGCGCGACAAAGCGCAUCGACAAGUACAACGUCUGGGUCAAGGUGGAGGGUGGUGGCACCACGGGUCAGGCAGAGGCCAUUACGCUGGCGAUCGCCAAGGCGCUGCUGGCUCAUGAGCCUGCUCUGAAGCCGGCAUUAAGAAGGGCCGGAUGUGUCACACGCGACCCGAGAAAGGUUGAAAGAAAGAAGCACGGCCAUCUCAAGGCCAGAAAGAUGCCUACCUGGGUCAAGAGAUAG